AUGGCUCAGCAGAAUGAGAAAGAGAAAGCUCCAAGCUCUUUAGAGAACCUUACAUGUCCACUAUGUCUUGAUAUCUUCGACGAGGCAACCAUCCUGACUUCAUGCGGACACACCUUCUGUCGGAAAUGUCUCAAGAACUAUGACCUUUCACACCUGGAUCUCGAUCACAUGAUCUGUCCUCUCUGCAGGAAGUUCACCAAGUUGUCUGUAAACCGUGUCGAUGAUUUCCUCACCAAUGAGACUGUCAACGGACUUGUAGACAAUUACCACACCGAGUGUGGAGGGUUGAACGCUGUCCUUGAGAUGCAUCCAAAAUGCACUGCUUCCAAGUUUCAUCAAGAAUCAGAUGCUGUUUCAUUCUGUAGAACGUGUAAUAAUUACUUGUGUACUAAUUGCGACUGCAGUCAUGAGCUUAUGACAUCAGUCUUUGAAGGUCAUGAGAUUGUAUCCAUACAAGAUAUCAUCAACGGGAAGGUCAGUAUUGGUCAUCUAUCCGAGAAGUGCUCCAUCCACAAACAAGAGGACAAAGAUAUGUUUUGUGAGGAUUGUAAGGUCCAUGUCUGUCUCAAGUGCGUGAUCGUCGGUCAUCAAAAUCACAACAUCAAGAAUCAGGCUGACUUCGAGCAGCAGCUACGUCUUAAGGUGAACGACCUUGUCCAGCGAUGUGCCGCUAAGAAGACAGAACUUGAGAAGAACAUUCAAAAUGUCGAAGUACAACGUCACGAAGUAUACACUGCCGUGCAGAAACUACUGGAUGAUGUCAGUCAAGCCUACAGCAUCAAAGUCAAAGAGCUUGAGGAAAAUCAUCAAAAUCUAAUCGAUCAAAUCAAUGCAGUAAAGAAGAGUUUCGAUGACGACCUCAGCGCCUUGAAAUUUAAGGAUCGACACAGGAUCAAGAGUAUUUGUAGUUCAAUAACACUGGUAUCUAAUGACAGACUGGGUUGUCUUGAGACAGACAGUCUGUCUGCUCAUACCAUGCUCUGUGAGGAGCUGGAUGCCAUGCUAAAGGAGGCUACUGAUCACACUUCUGCGGCAGCCAUUACGAAGAGAGCACAGGAGAAGAGGUUCAAGCCUGCAGCUGAUACCCGUCUGGACCUCGGGAGCAUCUCAGAACCAGAUCCCAAGUUGCAAGUCAUCCAGUGUGUAGAUCUACGGGGAUGGAUGUGGGGAAUGACCCAGUACUCUGAUGACAGUGUAGCUAUCGGAUAUAAUGGUACACAUGGUAUACAUGUAGAUAUCAUUGAUUCAGCUGGUAAACAGGAGCAGUAUGCAAACAUACCAAGUAACAUGAAGUGUUGUGGUCUUGUGUUUCAACAAGACGGUUCGUUAUGCAUAUCGACCGGAUACACAGACGCACACCUUUAUUCUCACAAUUGUUCCCGGAAAUCAACCAUCUACGUAAAUAGCUCUGGCUGUUAUCUGAGACUAAACAGAAGUCCAUCCGAUGAAAUCCUUAUCGCAAACUUUGGGAAGCAAAUCUAUAUCUACGACCCAACUGGAUCCACUCUCAAACACACUGUCCCAACAAAGCACAAUAUUACGAGGCAGGUAUCUGCCACCAGGUCGGGUUUGCUCGUCACGAGUUCAUGUGAUCAUAAGCCAAUCGUGGUGACGGUCUAUGACAGGUAUGGAAAUGCUGGUCAGUCUCUACGAGCUCCAAGCGGUGUCAACCUGUAUGCUGCCGUGGAUGAGCAGGACAGGGUGUAUGUAGCGAGUGUCGAUCGGAAGAUGGGUAACGUGGUGAUCAGGCUCUAUGACCUUGAUGGUCUGAACCUGAAUGAGAGAGUUGAGUUCAAUUUACUUGAUAUGACGCUUACAAGCGAUUGGUGUUACUUAGUUUCCCACUCUCCAGACAUGCUCGCGUUUGCUUGUGACAAGAAGUUGUAUUUUAUCAAAGUUUUACUGUAA